AUGAAGAUGCUGGGCAGCGGGCCCAUCUGGUUGGAUAAUUUGAGCUGUUCUGCAAGCGAAUCCUCCCUGACACAGUGCCAGCUCCCUGGGUUUCAGUCUAACCUCUGUUCUCACCAAAUAGAUGUUGGUGUGAUUUGCUCAGCGAUCAGAUUGGUGAAUGGAAGUGAUCAAUGCUCUGGCAGAGUGGAGAUCUACCAUGUUGGCCAGUUGGGAACGGUGUGUGAUAACUCCUGGAACAUGAACGACGCUGAGGUGGUGUGUAGACAGGCUGGCUGUGGCAGAGCUCUGGAUGCUCUCAGCAGUGCCCACUUUGGACAGGGCAGUGGGCCCGUCUGGUUGGGUGAUGUGAGCUGUUCUGGAAACGAAUCCUCCCUGACACAGUGCCAGCACCCUGGAUUUGGGUCUUACAACUGUAGUCACCAUGAAGAUGUUGGUGUGAAUUGCUCAGCCAGUGCCCAGACCCCGAUCAGACUGGUAGAUGGAGAUAAUGAGUGCUCUGGCAGAGUGGAGAUCUACCAUGCUGCCCAGUGGGGAACGGUGUGUGAUUUCUCCUGGAACCUGAAGAACGCUGAGGUGGCGUGUAGACAGGCUGGCUGUGGCAGAGCUCUGGCUGCUCUCAGCCGUGUCCACUUUGGAGAAGGCAGCGGGCCCAUCUGGUUGGAUAAUGUGGGCUGUUCUGGAAACGAAUCCUCCCUGACACAGUGCCAGCGCCCUGGGUUUCGGUCUAACCGCUGUUUUCACGAAUUCGAUGUUGGUGUGAUUUGCUCAGCGAUCAGAUUGGUGAAUGGAAGUGAUCAAUGCUCUGGCAGAGUGGAGAUCUACCAUGUUGGCCAGUGGGGAACGGUGUGUGAUAACUCCUGGAACAUGAACAACGCUGAGGUGGUGUGCAGACAGGCUGGCUGUGGCAGAGCUCUGGAUGCUCUCAGCAGUGCCCACUUUGGACAGGGCAGUGGGCCCAUCUGGUUGGGUGAUGUGAGCUGUUCUGGAAACGAAUCCUCCCUGACACAGUGCCAGCACCCUGGAUUUGGGUCUUACAACUGUAGUCACCAUGAAGAUGUUGGUGUGAAUUGCUCAGGAAAUCUCCAGACCCAAAUCAGACUGGUAAAUGGAGAUAAUGAGUGCUCUGGCAGAGUGGAGAUCUACCAUGUUGGCCAGUGGGGAACGGUGUGUGAUAACUCCUGGAACAUGAAUGACGCUGAAGUCGUGUGUAGACAGGCUGGCUGUGGCAGAGCUCUGGCUGCUGUCAGCAGUGCCCACUUUGGACAGGGCAGUGGGCUCAUGUGGUUGAAUAAUGUGACCUGCUCUGGAAACGAAUCCUCCCUGACUCAGUGCCAGCACCCUGGAUUUGGGUCUAACUUCUGUUCUCACUAUGAAGAUGUUGGUGUGAUUUGCUCAGGACCAAAACCCAGAUCCACAGCCUUAAGCGCCUAA